GGCAGAGCAGGCUUUGCCCAGGACUGUAUGGGGAUCUGUGAGAAGGGAAAGAAAAGGAGGAGCUGAGCCCAGUGUUACACAUUCAGAAUGGCACUCGAUGAUCUACCCAGCACACCCUUGGCCCUUGAAUACCUUAAUGAUUUUGAUCUUAUGAAGUUUGAGGUGAAGAGGGAACCACCUGAACUUCGGGCCUCACGUCUUGCUCCUCCUCAAUCUCUGGGUUCAACCCCAUGCAGUUCUGUGCCACCCUCACCUACCUUCAGCGACCCAGCUGAGUCUGCUGGUCCACCCAGGCCUAGUCUGGAGGAACUGUACUGGAUGGCAGCUUUACAACAGCAGAUGGGGGGCGAGGGACUACCACUGACACCAGAGGAUGCUGUUGAGGUCCUAAUGGGGGGUGGUGGCGCACCAACAAUGCAGGGUAUGGAAGGUGGUUACAGGCCACAUCCCCACAGCUCCCACCCUGCUAGCUACCUGUUAAGCUCAGAAGACAUGAAUGUACAACAGCACCAGCUUUCGCCUUUGUCGGAGCGCUUUUCUGAUGAGCAGUUGGUUGGAAUGUCUGUCCGGGAAUUGAACCGGCAGCUUCGUGGGUUCAGUAAGGAGGAGGCCUUACGACUGAAGCAGAGACGGCGCACCCUGAAGAACCGUGGAUAUGCCCAAUCAUGCCGCUACAAGAGAGUGCAGCAGCGCCAUGUCCUGGAGACAGAAAAAUGUCAUCUCUCUCGUCAGCUUCAGCAGCUUCAACAAGAGGUGGCCCGUAUCACCCGGGAAAGGGAUGGCUGGAGAGCUAGAUAUGAAAAACUGCUGAGUGCCACGGGAGGGGGGGCAGGGUCAGAUGUACUAGGGGCAGGGGGAGACACAGGCCCUGGAGCUGAGCUCUUUCUGUGAUCUUCAAACCAGAAGACUCCACCUCAAAGGAGAUCUAAGGAGCUGCUUUCAUGUAGGGGACACCCCUCUUCUCAUAUAGAGAUAUAAUCCACCACAGAGACAUUGGGCAUUUGGCCUGCACAACCUAAUAACAUUCAAUGCAAUCAGAAACAAGAGAGGUCACUCAGGGCUGUCCCCUAAUGUUCUUCAGUUAGGAAAUACAACAACUUCCCCAGCUUCAAGAAACUAGACUGAACUCCUUCAGGCACAGUAGGGAAUAAUAUAAUAAUAAUAAUGCUGUUAUGGUGGUCAAUCCUGCUAAUUUCCAACACCAGCAAGUCUCAAAAUCCCCAAGACAGGUCUACACUUUUAUCUUAAAAUGCAACAUUUCACCCAGAGCCAAUCUAAUCGUCUGUGUGUCAGACUCAGGAGGAUUCUUCUUUGCCCCAUCCCUAAGAUAUAUAACUUAAUUAUCAAUGAGUGCUCUGGGGCUGGCUGAGCCUGUCCCUGAAACUUGAGAAUUCCCUUUCUCCCUACUCACGUUAUUAUUCACCCCUUCAUGAAACUGAGGAAGAUACUGGUUGUAUUUUGAAGGAAAGAGUAAAUUAUUUAAUUUUUUAUGUGUGAUUGUGAACUUAAAUAAUAUGCAAUGUAUUGCAUGCUCCUGCCCCUGCUUUGAUGGGCCAGAGCUAGCAGGGCUAGGCAGACUGUGUGUUGUGAAAAACUUUAUGAAUUGUUUUUUUUCUUAUUAUUUUGUAUUUCAAGAAAAAUAACACAACAAAUAAAAUAAAUUACUUAUUUAAACAUAGAAGAAUAAACUAUGCAGAGUUUGUACAGCAGAACAACGUACAAGAGGUCUAUUAAUGAGUAGAUAAAGUAAAAUAGUUAAGACAAUUACAAGUUACGUAUUCAUUUCUAAAUUAUAUUUUUCAAGGAUCACUAUACAUUCAUUUUCCAAAAUGUCACUCCCACUAAAAAUUCAGAUUUGCUCUCUCAUCAUAUCACAUUGACUACUGUAUUAUAUGGCCCUUUCCUCCAAAGACUGUCACCUGACCUGUUCAUAAUGAAUACAAUUCAUAAACUUUAUACAUACACUCAUCUGCUACACUUAUACAUAGUUACAUAGUUAGAUUGGGUUAAGUUGAAGUCUAUCAAGUUCAACCCCUCCAAAUGAAACCGGCCAGCACCCAUACAUACACACAUCUGUUAUGGCCCACCCUCUGAGCUAAUCUCCAGGUACUCACUAAACUACUCCUCAACUCCUUACUCCACAACUCCUUACUCCACAAUUCCUUACUGCCUGUGUCCGACUCAAGUUCUGUCAGACAUUCUCCUAAUCUUUCUGCCAACAAAAAUUGUCUUAAAACAUA